CAUCGCUUUCCCGACCGUUUAAGGACCAAACUAGCCCAUCCCCCCCCCCAUCCCCCCCACAAUAACUGCCUUUUAAGCAUAAGGAUGGCGCUAAAGGAACAGAAUGCGGCGGCGGGGUCGGCCAAGACUCCAAGUUGCAGGAUAUGCUGUGCGUGCCCCACAGAACGCAGAAUACGUGACGAGUGCAUCAUUCUAAAAGGCACUGACGCCUGUAAGAGUGAAGUUGAGGCAUUCUACACCUGCCUUUUGCGCGAAGGCUUCAGUGAAGCGGAUGUGAAAGGCCUGCGGGAAACCGCGCGGAAAGUGUAG